AGAGAAAUAUCAUUCAAGAAAUUUGAUAGCUACCGUUGUGCACACAAACUGAUGACGUGUUGUGGUGUUCACAUGUCAAGUCCUUCUGAGGAAAUCGGCUUGUAAACUUCAGAAGGGUUGUCUGCAGUCAGGUAUUCAUUGACAGAAGUAGUAAACAACAAAAUGGGGAAGAAAAGCAGAAAAGGGGGUGGUGGAAAGCAGACAGCCAAAGAGAAUGCAGCCAGCACAGAGGGAGCCAGUCAAACCCAAGCCCUGCCCAAAGCAGCCAAGAGAGAUGUCACAGAGCUUGUGAACCAGCUUCUUGAUAUCUGCUCCAAGCCACCAGCCACGGGGUCGAAGGAGUGGGACGACUACCCAGAAAUACAUGGACUUGUCGAGAAAAUCAGAAAAAUACAAUCAGCCAUAGCCCCAACAGAAAAGAACCGAGACCAGUGUUUCCCAGCAUUCCUGGAAUGGUUAACCAACAAUGGCGUGGACACAACGUCGGCAGAGAUUGUGCAAUAUCGAGAUUUGGGACAUGGACUGAAAGCAAAGAGAGAUCUCAAGGAGUCGGAGCUGUUCCUGUCUAUCCCGAGGAAGCUGAUGUUGACGGUGGAUUCAGCCAAGAAAUCUGCCCUUGGAAACCUGAUCAGCGAGGACAAGAUUCUCCAGGCUAUGCCCAACAUCACUCUAGCUCUGCACCUGCUGUGUGAGAAGUGGACGCCAGACUCACUGUGGAAGCCGUACAUAGACAUCAUGCCGACAAGUUACACGACUCCACUGUACUUCAGCCAGGAUGAAAUCCAGCAUUUCAAGGGCUCCCCAGCAUUGGGGGAUUCCCUCAACCAGUACCGCAACAUUUCCCGACAAUACGCAUACUUCUAUCGGCUGCUACAGAAAAACCCAAAAGCUAGUAAUCUACCUAUAAAAGACUGCUUCACAUUUGAUGAAUAUAGGUGGGCAGUAUCUACUGUGAUGACAAGGCAGAACCAGAUACCUACGAAGGAUGGAUCUCAGGCAACGUUUGGUCUCAUCCCCUACUGGGACAUGUGCAAUCACUCUAAUGGCUACUUCACAGCCGACUACAGUGUGGAGAAGGACUGUAGUGAAUGCUACACUCUGAGGGAGUUCAAAGCCGAAGAACAGAUCUUCAUUUUCUAUGGUGCUCGAUCCAAUGCAGAGUUCCUUGUUCACAAUGGAUUUGUGUACCCAGAGAAUGAACAUGAUCGCCUGUGUCUGAAAUUAGGUAUCAGCAAGGGGGACCCUCUUUUCGCAGCCAAGGCUGAAGUCCUCAGCCGGAUUGGGCUGCAGCCGUCCAGAGCGUUCUUCCUACAUGUGGGUGAUAACCCUGUUGAUGGAGAUCUGCUGGCAUUCCUUAGAGUCUUCAACAUGGAAGAAGGUCCUCUGAAGUCCAAGUUCAGCAGUGACACGAGUCAGGAGGGAUUGGAACAGCUGAAGGACCUCGAGGCGCCCGUGACAGAGGAGAAUGAACAGAAGGUGUGGACCUUCCUGCAGACCAGGGCGGCCCUCUUGCUCAAAGCCUACCCAACCACACUUGAGGCUGAUGAGGAGCAGUUGAAGAAAUCGGACUUGUCCCCGGCACUGCUUCUCGCUCUCCAACUCAGGACUUGUGAGAAGAAGAUUCUGCAGACCACAGUGGACUAUGCCGCACAGAGGAAGGCCGGCAGUCAGCAGGAGCAGCAGCAGCAGAACGGGAGCUAGCAGGGUGUUUCACGCUGCCACUGUGUGCCUCGGACAUGUGAGAUGGACGUGGGCCAUAUGGACCAUGCAGGACGAGACUUGGAUCGUAUGGACCAUGCAGGACAAGACUUGGAUCGUAUGGACCAUGAAGGACAAGACUUGGAUCGUAUGGACCAUGAAGGACAAGACUUGGAUCGUAUGGACCAUGAAGGACAAGACUUGGAUCGUAUGGACCAUGAAGGACAUGCACUGUGCAUUGUGGAGAGUUCAUAAGAGUUGGGAAGAUGGGUAUCAAGUGCAUUUGUGUAUCAACAUGGAGCACGAUAAGAUAAGCAAGAACACACCAGUUUUCCCGUGGAUUCAUGGUAUCAGGAUUUGUCGUGACCAUAUCAUUUCAUAAAAUGUUUGAAUAUAUUUAUUUCAUGAUAAACACGUUGAGGAGUGUCUGAAACCUGGCGCUAGCCCUCCUCCUGUGCAGUCAGUACACAGUUUUUACUGGACAGAAAACACGAACAAUGUUAGCAUUGCUGGGGUUAACCAAGACUGAAAUAGGUUUGUUUCCUUUAGGCACUUGAUAAAUCGGCCAUGGCACCCCUGGCCUCACUAGCGUCAUAAACCUUGCUGGACAAAUACUGCCAUUAUUAAUCCAGGCUUGAGCAUAGGGGCCACUAUUUCCAACAGACACAUCCAUUAGGGGAGCCAGGUUAGAAGAGGGCCCCAGGCGGAGACUAAAUUGGAUAAAAUGUUCAGAUUCUGUGACUUGGUUGGUUUUUAAGGAAUUAACAGGGCCCAAGGAUAUAUACUACUAAAAAGAAGUUAAAGAACAUGAUUUUAUCCUAUGACUGGAGUGAACUCUCAUGGCUGGUGGGUAUUGCAACACACAGCCUUCCACUUGUGGGUGUUCCUUAACUUGUUUUGAGUAGUAUAUGUGGUUGUAAUGUUAUUUUCUAGAUUAUCAACAUGGGAGUGAGCAAUAGUAGUGUAUAUGACGUUUCUUCUUAUUAUUAUGAUCCAAGUUGAGCUGGGUUCCAAGUCUUAACAUAUUUUGUAGAAAAUCCAGUGAUGAAAUAUCUCAUGUGUCUUGUCUUCAUUUGUUUGUACAUUUUAGUUUUUAGAUCUGCAAUUACAAACAUCUUGUCCAGCUCAUUUUGAUUUCAUGCAGUGGUAUCUUUGCUAUGUUUUUCAGCCAAACAUCAUAUUGUUGUGUUGUGUAUUUCAUUUGUUGUUUGAUUAUUUAUUAUGUUGAGUUUCGGGAUGAAAACCACUUCUGUAGUUUAGAAAUAACUUGUAAACCAAAAAGUGACAUCUACGUUUCUAGUGGCUUAGUUUCAAUGCUGUAAGAACAUCAUUAAAAUGUAAGAAAAACACAAGCUCUAUGAGACAUAAUCAUUGCAAUGUACAGAAAGUAUGUUGCCAAAUACACCCAUAAGCAUAAGGGCAGGAAGAUCAAAUGAAAAUACUUUCCAAUAUUAGCACAUCCAUUUUAAUGCUUCUCAGGGCCGGUUGGGUAGCCUAGUGGUUAAAGCUUCGCUCGUCACGUCGAGGGCCCGGGAUCGAUUCCCAACAUGGGUACAAUGUGUGAAACCCAAUUCCGGUGUUCCCCGCCGUGAUAUUGCUGGAAUAUUGCUAAAAGCGGUGUAAAACCAAACUCACUCACUCACUCACACUAAUACUUCUGAACAUAUUGAUCAGUUGAAGCAAUGUGACAUCACACUGCUUCAUUGGUGAGAACCAUAAUGUAUAUACAUCCAUUGUUGGUGAGCUCACAAAUUCCAUGACUGUCACAAAGUUUUCUGUAGGGUUAAUUUUCCAUAUACUUUCUUCAUAAUUUCAUUCUUAAAAUUGCAAUCAGUAACAUAUGGAAUAACCAACUCUGAACUAGGAAUUAUCCAUUGUCUUGAAUGAAAGCUAUUAGACAGUUGCCAAUGGGUCGCGGAUACACCAUUCAUUCACUCUGAAGAAACGAUCCAUGACUUGUCGUACCUCAUAGGUAAGUCACCUCUUAAGAAGAAGCCAAAGUGGUUACAUUUGCAAUUUGUAGCUGUUAUAAAGAACAUGAAAACCAUCCUGAGUGGAACAGACGACUAUUUCAGGUAUGUCUAUGGUUUCAAGGCCCCUCAAAUACAGUUUGAGCCUGUUAAUACUGUCCUACAUUAUUGCCAAUGUAGUUAAAAUACCCCUCAAAAAAGAUUAUUUUCCCCAGUGCUUUUGCUCCAGAGGCUAGCUUGUCAUGUUGGUGUCAUGUUGAGGGUGUUACCGUAUUUAACCUUAUACAUGUCAGAUCAAAUAGAACUUUCUUUUUUGUGGGGUAGUGCUGUAGUGCUUAUGUCAUGUAUGUAUGGUCAUUUAUUGUGUUGAAUAUUGUAGAGGUCAUGAUAUGCCUAUGUCAUGUUUUGCUACAUAUUGCAAUGCUUAGAUCAGAUUGUUAUUUUUAAAGAGAUUUUUAAAUGUUACAUUUGACCAGGCUGACAUGAGGUCAUUAGUGUUUAAGUUGCAUUACUGAUUACUUUAUGCUUGUUCUUAUAGUACCGGGUAUAAUGCAAGCACCUUUGGUGUUAGGUAUGUGAUAGGUAAGCAAACACUAUCUGUCAGGAUUCCUGCAAAACCUGGUUAAUAGAACCUUUUGAAAAUUGAUACAGAAUUGAAAAAUUAGAAGAUAAACCUCAUGUGUUUUCAAUUUAUAUGUUUUGAAUGUAGAUUCAAUAUCUGUAAAUUUCAUAUCUAUGCGGUUUCAAAAUUUUCAACCAUUGAAUCAAAGUUUAAAAUCCAUCAAGUUGUCCCUGUGAUAUUGCCACACAGGCUGUAAAUAAUGUAGAAACUGCAACAUAUUUUGCUUCGUUUAAGAAGUAAGAUCAGUAUUUGAAGCUGUUAAUCGGGCAGGUUUGUGAAAGAAGUGCUUCUGAAUAAAUAUUUUCUUUUGCAGUAAUGCAGCAGAAUCAUGCUAAAUUCGAUAUUUCUGGCAGACCAAUCAGAAUACAGGAUUCUACAAUGUGAUGGUAGACUAUGAAUUGAUACAUUGGUAGGCAUGUCAUGUGUCUUACGAUUAGGUGUAAAUUGACAUACAUCGGUGAAUUGUGACACACUUGUUAAUGUGUACUUGAGAUGCUGGCUACCUCAGCUGAAACACUACUCAGUAUGCUAGUUUCAUCACCACCUGAACUGCUGUGCAGGGAGUGUUUAUUGUUCUCAUAUGUAAUAUGUGCAUAGCAACAGAAAAUGUUACAUAUCUUUCUCCAUAAAAAUAAUAAAAAAGAUACUAUACAGA